CGCUAAGAAAAUUAUACGGAAAAUUACCUUCCGCUCGUUUAGACACAUCCAAUUGUUGGGUAAAAUUAAAAAUUAAUAGUUACUCUGUAGGACUGCGAUAGCGAUCGGUAAAAAUGAAAUUAAACGAGCUUGUUUACUGGUAUCAGAAAAAAAUUGGUACUUACGACAAGCAACAAUGGGAGAAAACUGUAGAACAGCACAUUCUUGGAGGCUUUACACAUGUUCCAAUGAGAACUGCAAAAUUGAAAACAGAAUAUAUAGAUGUGGAUCUUGUUCGAGGUUCUUCAUUUCCAAAGGCCAAGCCAAAGCAUGGACUGUCUAUAGUAGCUUGCUUGGCGCUUCAGCGGUUAUUAUUUCUCCCUUUAUAUAGGAAAUGGUGGAUGCAACAGACUAGUCUAAAAAUUUUUACAUUAUUUUUGUUACUCUAUAGUUUGCAAAUGGUCAAUAUGUGCAUAUACUUUUACCAGAUGGCCAAGGAUAAAGAAAGUGAUAUUGUGUCAACGUCUGAAGUAUUAAUACCUACUAUUAUGAUGCUAGUAUUAUGCAUUGUUCAUUCCCACAUUGUAUCUACUCAUACAGGACCAUCGAUAUCUGAUGGACAAAGUAAACAAAGAAUAGUGAGACGAUCGCGGCAUGCUAGGUGUCGAUUGGGAAAAUCAAGGACAAGACAAAACUUACGUUUGCAUGAAGAUUCCAAAUCGUCUCAAGAUACCGCUUCUGAGAAAGCUAGUACAGUAAAUGGUGAAGUCUUAACUUCUGUGCGGUUUGCUAAAAAAGUUGUAAUUGAAAACUCUUUGACUGCUAGUCGAUCUCAAGAAUUUGUGACUGCUCAAGCACCCUGUGAUAACGAACUAAUAAGUUCAUCUGUGAGUAAUCCUCUUCCAAUAAAUGAAGCUUCAACUAGUCAUACUCCAUCAAUUCAAAAUACAAAAAAUGUACACCUAGAUGAUGAUGGAUUCGAAAGUUUAAAUGGAAAUGUAUCGAGCGAUAAUGAUAAAGGUAUCGCGCGAGCAACAACGGAGAAGUCUAAACAAAAGAGAGAUGUAUUACAUAAAAAUAACGAAGACUGUAAUCUUCGAUUAGAAGGCUCUACUACUCAACAAAUUUUAUUACAGCCUAAAUUUUCAGCCCUUGAGUUAUCAAAAACUGAAGAUAUUUCUUCAAAGAGCGAUGGGGAAACUUCUAAUAAAGUGGAUAAGGAUCACAGUCCCGUAGCAAUCGGUCCAAGAAAAUCCCGACAACAAUGCGAAAGUGAGGAGGAAGGAGAAUGCGAGGAAACUGCCACGCAUCAUUUAACAGAGGCUACGACAUCUGCUACUGAGUGGAUGGGAGUAACUACAAACAGUGAUGAUUGUAGUUACAGUUCAGAACUUGAGGAAUCCGAUUUGCAUAGCGAGACUAACAAAAAUUAUGGGGAGUUCGUGGAGCAUCCCUUUUCUUGGGAAUUUGAAUUACCGCCCUCCAUAAUGCUUAGUUCUAGUUGCGCUUCGUAUGAUCGUGUUUCGUGCGCUAUAUGGACACGUCGUGAUAUAAAAAAAGCUGAACUAUCCGUAUUGGACAUUAGUUCAGCGAUUAUCGCCAGAGUAGAGUCAAUGCCUGAGAGUAUGAAUUAUUUUUACGGUGGCCUAAUCCUUAGCGUAGUGUUAGCGCUAAUACCAUCCAUUAAACGAUUGAACGAUCACGUUGGAAUGGACAAUAGCAGUAAUAUAACCAGUUCCUUCAUACCAAACGACUUAACUUACGUCAAUUUGGAAACUUACAGUGAUAUCAUAUGUAAAGUGAUAGGUUUGGCAUUUGGAACGACGCUUUGGGAACGUAUAGUAGUGCUUAUAUCGGCAUUCGAGAGGCUAAUGUUGUCUUGUUUAUUAUUUUUUUUAUUAGCGGUCGCAGAACGUACUUACAAGCAACGACUCUUGUACGCUAAGUUGUUCUCGCAUCUGACGUCGUCGAGACGCGCAAGAAAAUCAGAUUUGCCGCACUUUCGAUUGAACAAAGUGCGAAACAUAAAGUUGUGGUUGAGCGUUAGAUCUUAUUUGAAAAGAAGAGGGCCACAACGUUCCGUAGACGUAAUAGUAUCAGCAGUAUUCAUCGUUACGUUGUUACUGUUGUCAUUUGUGAGCUUAGAGUUAAUUAAGGAUCUUGAAAGUUUACAUUCCCGGUAUAACGUUGAAGCGCUGUUUUGGAGCUUCUCCCUUGGUAUAUUUAUAUUGCGUUUUAUGACGCUGGGUACUAAAAUUAAUAAAAAAUAUAGAAAUCUCUCAGUCUUGAUAACCGAGCAGAUUAAUUUAUAUUUACAAAUAGAACAAAAACCGCAUAAAAAGGAAGAGCUUAUGGUAGCGAAUAAUGUACUCAAAUUAGCAGCAGACUUGAUAAAGGAACUUGAAAGUCCAUUUAAAAUAUCUGGUUUAUCUGCUAAUCCCUACUUGUAUACAAUUACAAAAGUGGUAUUACUAUCUGCACUUUCAGGGGUGCUUUCAGAACUGCUUGGAUUCAAGCUUAAGUUACAUAAGAUAAAAAUAAAAUAAAAAAGUGAUUAUUAAAUAUUUAUUUUUCAUGUAACUACUCAGUGAUUUCAGAUAAUUAAUGAAGAUUUUUCAAUUUUAUUAAAGAUUAUUAGGGAAUUUAAUAUAACCAAUCGAUACGCGAAGACUCAAAUAAAUGUUCCACUUCUUAAUAGUUUAGUCUGCAGCUGUUUACGUUAUCAAAUUGUUAGAGGUUUUAUGUUUCACUUAGAAAUUCUAUGCAUUAUAUAAGUAAUUAGUUCGACCAAUAAAUUAUUUUAAUUUGUUGCAGAAAGCAAUGAGAUUUUUCCUUGUAAUUAUCAUUUCGGUAAUUUUAUAUAAUUCCAUUAUUUCUCAAUAUUAGAUUUAGGUUAGAUUUUAGAAUAUUCUAUUGAAAUGACGGAAGUAAAUGACAGUUUAUUUUUCGAUAGAAAUCAUUAAUGAUACUACAUAUUACUAAUUUACAUGCAUUACAAUAUAUUGUGCUUUGUAAUAAUAUUUAUGUAGACAAUUGAUGAUACUUAACAAACUCUUCAGAUGUAUAUAUAGUUACCGAUGCUCUGUAUAUUUAGAUUACAAUGCUGUGUUUUGUUA